UCACAUAUCAACAAUCUACUCCACUGAACCACUUCUCUCCCCGAAGAUAUCUAACAACAAAACAUCCGAUCAUUCAAGCAAAUUAACAAUAUAUUAAGAAUGCCUCAAGACCUCACCUUCUCAAUACCACCUCACCUUGAUGAGUUCAACACCCCCCUCUCCACCUUCAUAGCGUCAAAACCCCAAUGGACAAAUUUUGUAGUCGGGGGGCUUGUCUUCUCUCGUGCUACACCCAAUGCCCAAAAAGGCAAGAUUGAAAAAUCCGAACCAAGAGUUCUUCUCCUCCAACGCGCUCCAACCGACUCCCUUCCUGGAUAUUGGGAGGGCCCGGGCGGGGGCUGUGAAGAGUCUGAUGAGUCAAUCCUGGCAGCUGUUGUACGUGAAGUGGUGGAGGAGAGCGGGUUUCAUGUGUCGAGGAUUGUGGAUUUAGUUGGGGUGGAAGAGUGGACGAAGGAGAGCAAUGGAACUAUGUUGUUUGCGGUGAAGUUCACGUUUUUGGUGGAGGUUUAUGAGGCGCAGGGUGUUCUGGGGGAGGGUGCUGCGGAGACGGAGGAGGAGGAGAAGAAGGUGGACGUUGGGGGUGAAGCUGUCCGGUGGUGGGAGGAUAGAGUGAGACUGGCGCCGGGUGAGCAUUCAGCGUUUGAAUGGGCGACGGAGGAGCAGGUGAAGCUGGGGUUGGAAGGGAAAGGGAAGUAUAAGAUCUUGGAGGAUGAGAAGAGGAAUCUUUUGAAGGCAUUUCGCAUGCUGGUUUAGCAAUUAACCAGCGAAGAGGCGUGGGUCUGAGUAAAGGGGAUCCAUGAUGGAGUCUGGAAUGGCCUAUAGAAAUGCUAUCGAAAUGCGAUACUAUAAUGAACAUGAUAUAUUGCGACGUUCAUGAUGACUGACAACCCUUGAUGUUGUCUAUCCGAUGGCUGGUUCAA